AUGAAUUCUUUUAAUAUAACAUUCAAUAUUGAAGAAAUAAACACAGAGGAUGCAAGUAGAAUAGGUCUAUCAGAGUGUUUAUUGAGAGUUGAUGGUAAGACACUAGUUGGUGAUGUUAAAGAUUCAAUUUGGUUAAAAUUCAAUAUUCGACCAUCUUGUCAACAAUUUAAAUACCAUGGUCGAAAUUUAUUAGAUUUUGAAAAGAUUACACCAUUUAAAGAUGAUUUGUUAUUAGUUAUUGAUUACUCAAAGUUUGGUAAUUUACAUUCCGAACCAAUUGAUCCAUUAUUUGAUAUAACUUUAUCAUGGAUAGAUAUUAAUGGAAAUCCCCAAAAAUUAACCCUUCGUGAAAGUUUAAAAUGCACAGUCGAUACAUUGAAAGAAUACAUAAUAGAACAAAAAACAAAACCAAUAACUCAUACAUUAUAUAAAGACUCAUUUGAGAUUGAAAAUCAUUCUCCGAGUUCAACAUUAUCUCAAGUUUUACAAUUGGAUGUUAUUCCACAUGAUUUAAUUGAAUUGAAAGCAGUGUCUAAUAGGUCCAGAUACCAUAUACUUAUAAAAUCAAACAUACCUAAUCUACAGAAUGAAAAAUCUUUAUUUGAAAUUAAUUCAUCGAUUACUUUAAAACAAUUAAAACAGAUAAUAAUAAUUAGAAUAGAUGAAGGGUCAGUAACUAGAACGUUUUUCGAUCAAUUAGAAUUAUCCUACAAAGGUACAAAAUUUGAAAAUAGUACACAAGUGAAUGAAUGUCUCGUUUCUUCAUUAGUUCAAUUUGAAAAUAAUAGAAUUGAAUUAGAAUUAAAUAUUACUUCUCAUGUGAAUGGUACUGGUGGAAUAUUAAGUCGUGAUUUCCUAAAUGAUUUAAGAUCAAAUAAUAGAUUUGAAUUCCUACCUAAUCAUCUGAAUCUAGAUUCUGAAAUUGAUGUUGAAAAUACAAGAAUUGAUCCAAUUGAAACUACAAAAAUCGUUGUAAAUAAUGGAGAAAUUUGGGAAUUAGAAGGGACAAAUGAAACAUUAAAGAAUGGGAAUAUAAGAAAAGUUAUAAAUCAAGAUGAUUUAUUAAAUGGUUAUGAAAUAAGUUUGAAAUUGGGUAAUGAAGUUAAGAAAGUCAAUUUGAAUACUUCACAAUGCAUAAUUGUCGAUAAUGGAGAACAUCAACCAUAUUUAUUAUUAAACAAUUCAGCUGCAUCAAAAUUAGACUCAACAUUUAGAAAUAACUCAGGUUCAUUAAUUCAAAAAGUAUUAAUUCAAAGAACUGAUGAACCAAGAAGAGAACAAUCACAACCAGAACAACAACAACAACAACAACAACAACAACAACAACAGCCAAUAGAUGAUGAUAUCUUACUUAGAUUAUAUACUACUGGUCGAUCAUUUGGUAUUUCAUUAUUGAAAAUUGCAUUUUUUUUAACUUUAUCAGGAAUUAAACCAACUCAAGAAAUGAUUAAUAAUUGGUUGAAAUAUGUUUUAUUUACCCUUGUUGGUUUCAAUUUUUAUGUUGUUUUCUUCACUGGUAGAAACAGAAUACAACGAUUUAUACAUGAAGAUGUUGAAACUGAAAAUUUAUUACCAUUUCCAAGAUUUAUUGCAAAUACAGCAAGACAAGGCAGAAGUAUUGCAAGAGUCAUAAAUAAUUCAAUAAUUGAUGAGGUUAUAAAAUUAUCUGUUGUGAGGAGUUAUGAUUUUGAAUUGAUUAUGAAUAAGGAAUCAAAUUUGAUUAAAUGGUUCAAUUUUAAUUUUGAAAUUAUUUGGAAAGAUUCAUUAUUAUGUUUAUUAAUGAUAUUCCCAUCCUUACAAAUUAGAAUAUUUGAAGAAAUUGGAAAUUGGAAAUCUAAAGAAAUGAAAGAAAUGGAAGGAAGAAUUAGACGAUUGGUUGAUUUAAACGAUACGUUAUUAAUUGAAUAUAAUAAAGAUACAAGUUUAGAAUUACCUGGAUUCGAUUUCAUUGAUAACUUACCAGAAAAUAUUGAAAAUGAGAAAAAAUAUGAAAUAUUGAUAAUGUAUUAUAAAUAUUUACAAUCUAGUUAUGAAAUAUUGAAUAGAUCAUUCAUUAAUAAGAAACAAAUAGAUCAAUCACAGUCUGAAUUGUUGAUCAAUCAAUACAAUUUGAUUUUACAUAGUUUAUCGUAA